UAAAGUUGAGUUGCGCAGGACCGUUGCGCAGGACUGUUGCGCAGUCAGUUAAGCAUAGUCCACUGGCGAAAGUAGUGGGGCUGCCCAAGAGAAAGAUGGCCGCCACCAGCGAGGAACCGAGUGUUAUGGAGCCUUCUCAGACGAAUUCCGGGCAAAAUCAGCCCGUUGAUCCUCUAAAAAUGCUCUAUCCGAUGGUAAAUGAAGAGGAAACGCCACUACCACGCUCGUGGAGUCCAAAGGACAAAUACAAUUACAUCGGCCUCUCCCAAAACAAUCUUCGUGUUCACUACAAAGGAUCGAGGAAUGAUUCCGGCCAAUAGGAUUCGAUUCUUACUCGAUACGGACGAAUCGUUGACGGAACUAUAAUAUCGAUUGAAAAUGGCAGAGCUCCGUUUCGCGUGUGUCAGCGACCUAAACAAAGGAAUCAGCUGAUCGGUCAUGGUCUCUAUUCGACUUUCUCUUGAUCACUCAUUUUUUAUUAAAUCCCAAGAUUUAAUUCAAAUAUUUGUUCAUCAAUCGAAAUUUUCGUGGAUCUAUGCCUUUCUGAUUUCUUUCGGACAUUUAUGGAAAAAAUGAAUCUGCGUAGAGAAGGAGUAAUGGCAAUGACAGUUGCGAUGUUUGAAUAGUUUUGUUCUUUUCUUUUUUGCUAAGUUUUUCUUUCUUUCCUUCUAUUUUUUUUUCUUCAAUUUUAUUGUCAAUCAGUUUUAAAGUGAACAAA